AACCUGUAGUACUUAUACCAGGUACCUGGGGCCCAUGCCCCGUCCCACAUGUGUUGCCGACAUUUACGGCUUACAUGCAGCACAUACAUACAUGACGACUUCAACUCUUCGGAAAUCAACCUCGCCUACCAAUGCUGCUACUUGUAUAGUACUACCUCGAUUACUCUACCGGCAUCACACUCGAUAACGUCGGGUUCGAACACACAUGGGCGUCCUGCCUCGGGCGGGAGACGGAGGUAGUGGGGAGGACUGGAAGCCGGCGAAUGCCCUCGCAGCGGCUAUUGCGAUAGCGAAAGGUCGGGCCGCCGGACUCAACGCGUAUCCGAAGCAGGGCUUCAUACCGCCCAAUUUUGUCAAGGGCUAUGUGGCAGAAUCUCGAGGGGAUCAGAUCGUGGUGCUUUGUUUCGUCACCAUGAGUUUGUGCUUUGUGGUGGCUUGCACGAGAGUCGUCACACGGAGGAUCGUGACUGGACGGCUUCACAUGGACGACUGGAUGAUUAUUCCUGCUACGAUUUUUGCGGGGAUUCUCUCGGCACUGAGUAUCUACUCCGUGUGGUAUGGCGCUCUAGGACAGCACCGGUGGGAUAUCAAGUCGAUCGACCAGGCUGCGAUGAGUGUCAGGUUAACGGUCCCACCUCUUCUUUGCUAUAUGAUCUCGGUUUUCUUUACCAAACUCUCGGUGUUGUGCUUCGUCCGGCGACUAGCUGGCAUCUCGUGUUCUGUCGGCCUCAAACGGGUGCUCAACGCCUUCAUCGUUUUCCAUAUAGCUUUCACAAUUGCCCUAAGCUUCGUCACAGUCUUCCAGUGUCUUCCCCUCAGGGUUAACUUUGACCUCAUGUGGCGUUUUCACCCCGAUGCUCGUUGUAAAAACUACUUUAGUUACUACUACAUAGCGGGAUCGAUUCAUGCCGCCUCCGAUUUAGCCGUCAUGGCGUUGCCGAUAUACAUGGUGAUGGGACUACGGAUGGGCUGGCAGCAAAAGGCGGCAACGAUCUUCAUGUUCAUUAUCGGGGGGCUGGCAUGCAUCUUCUCAAUAAUCCGGAUGACAUAUGCACCCAUAUUUGCGUACUCAUACGAUCUCUCCUGGGACUCCUUCUACGCCGUAAUCUACGGCCAGCUUGAAGCCACCUUGGCGAUCAUUGCGUGCUCACUACCCGCACUACGCACCUUCUUUGGCCGCGUCCUCCCCGACCUCCUCCUGGCACCCCGAGACGACUCCGGCAAUCACUCGCGACUAACUAAACUGCGGCGUUGGGCGCGACAUCAACCUCCGCUGCCGGUGACGACGGCAACUACCAACUCCUACGCCUCGGAUUGCAAUUACAAUAGUGCCGCGGAACUGGUUGAGAUGGAGGAGCCGGAGAAGGGGCAGGCGACGGUGGAGAUCGCGCGCGAGAUGAGAGCAAAGGAUUCGGUGCUUUGCGCGGUGCGUCCGGGUCAGUCCGUGCACUUGCGGAUUGAUCGGUGAAGACCUGGGGUGGACAGGUAUGAUACAUGUGACAUGUCUGGGUCCGCUUCUUUUUUGGGGGAUUCUUCGGGCGGCGCGGCCGGCCCGGCCCAGUUUUAUGUUUUCAUGAUUUUGGAUAGGCGUUGUGGAGUACCGGUACGUAUCGGACGAGACAUUUCCGUCGGUUCAUGGGUUCUUCAAGUUGUUUGGGCGUCUAUUUCGCAUGGCUUCGUCGGAGGAGUGCGAAUUCGAAAUACGAUCAUGAAUAAUGAAAUGAAACCUGGUUCUUCUGCUCAAGGGCAGAGUGAGAGGCGCGCGUGCAGCAGCAACACACAUUGCCGUAAGGCUUUCUUCAGAGGAGGUCCGCGAGGCAUUCAGCAUUGAGGGCGGAGCGGGGCUGGAAAGAGGGCGGGGCGAAAUGGCAGGCGGAG